CCCCUGCAUGAUAUUGAAUUCGUCGUGCUAAAGCAACAUGGCUGCCCAUUCUGCGAAAAUUUUAAGAGCAUGGAUUCAUUGACGGUCUUUGCGUAAAUAAGGUUACUUAAUGCACGUCUGGAGCUUGUAGAGGUAAUUCCGAUGUCCGAGCACACAGGGAGCCAGUCUUCAUCCCACGGAGGUGACCGUGGACGGCGGAGGAGCCGCAGGAGGGGCGGUGGGGGGAGGGAGGGGAGGGAGACCAGGCCAAGGAGUCGGGAGAAAGAUAAAGACAACAGUGCCAGUGGUCCCAGUGGCAGUGGCCCUAUCAAAGCUCCUAUCAUCUUAGCCAAACCUCACAUUGAGAAGAAUCGAGACUCCAGCACCAGUGGCAGUGGUUCAUCAGACAGUAAACCCAUCGUCCUGAUCAAACCCAGGGAGGACACCUCAUCUGCCUCCUCCCAGAGUACUGGAGUCACCACGUCUGGCACAGCUGCUGCACAGGCUGCUCCCAGUGAUGGUUUCCAUGGAGACCAGAGUGGGCGUGGCCAGCCCACCCAGCAGCCAACUUAUCAGAUCCAGCGUAACGUGUCAUCUGUUGCAGCUUUCACUGAGAGCAGCCAGACACGGCUGGCCCCUCCACCAGAGAUGACCCAACCUGUCAAACUGGUGGAUGACAGUCUCAACUGGUGUGACAGUGGUAUAGAUAUGCUACUGGAUCAGACAGACUUCUUGGUGGUUGGAGUGGUUGGGAUGGAGGGUGUGGGCAAGUCGACCAUCCUGUCACUACUGGCAGGGAACCAUCCAGAACAGCCUAACAGGAGCUUUGUGUUCAAACCCCAGUCAGAAGAAGCACUGGAGACAGCAGGGCACCAGACAGUGGGGGUGGACUUGUUUGUCACCCCUGAGAGGAUCAUCCUCAUUGACACACAGCCCAUCCUGAGUGCAUCAGUCCUUGACCAGCUGAUCCACAAUGACAGGAAGCUGCCUCCUGAGGUUGGGCUGGCAGAGAACUGGGCGGAGGUGCUGUCCCUCCAGCUGACGGCCUUCCUCAUGACGGUGUGCCACGUGGUGCUGGUGGUACAGGACUGGUUCACAGAUAUCAACUUGUACAGAUUCCUGCAGACAGCGGAGAUGUUGAAGCCGCCCACCCCGGCUCCCAGCCAUGACGCCCCCUCCUCCAGUGUGUCGGCAGACGAGCAGGGGGACUACUUCCCUGCCGUGGUGUUUGUCCAGAACAGGGCCACACGGGAGGACUUCCAGCCCAGCAGGGUCCAGGCCAUGAAAACCACUGUGGACAGGCUACUGCAGCAUGCUAGUAUGAGAUACAAGAAUGCAGUGUCUAUGAAUCUGAAUGGACUGGUGCCUGCUCGGCAAAAGAGCCCAAGUGGAGAUGUUAGCCUGUUCCUGUUCCCGGACUUCCCACACAAACCAACUAAGCAGAAUGGCAAGGUUGACGGAAUGACCUUGGUCCUGAACCUGGUGCCAGACUAUCAGGGUCACCCCAGCCCACAGGCUCUCACGGACUCCUUCAGGAACCAGAUCUUCUCUGUGCCGAGGACUCCUCUCACCCACCACUCUCUCACCGAGAAAAAUUGGUUCCACUAUGCUGCCAGGACAUGGGAGGGUGUGAGGAAGUCCAACCUGAUGGCCGAGUACAGCCGCCUGCUGACCUGAGGACCAGACUACUGUGAGAGGACACCAACACAGCAACAGCUAGCUCUGCCCUCCCAGGGAGCAGAUGCCAGGAGGAACAACAGCUUGGCUGGCAAGCGAGAGAGAGAGAGUAGAGGGGCUGCAGAGCUGGAUACGACCAACAGCUCUCACCUCCUGUACAGCCUCUUUGGGGAAAUGGUGGUCAGGAAACUGGAGUUGCCUUGAGGCAUAAUAAGUAACACAGGUCUACCCAAGAAUGGAAAUGUGGAAUUUGGCAAAUGAUGAUGAAUAGGCAUCAGAGAAUGAGACUAUAACAACAGCUGAAUUGUAGCUUACUUAAAAAAGCGCUGUCACACAUGGCUUCUGUGGGUGAAGGUUCCAGUAUGUUGUCUUUAAGAAAGUCAUUUGUAGUAAAUUGGCUACAUUGAUAUCCAUAUGUUAUGCUCAAUAUGCAAGAUGUAUGAUGUUGUAACUGUGCAGUGUACUGGUACCAGUAGGAAGAUGUUGAACAGCAUCCAAACUGA